UCCACCAUGGCAGACCACAAGUGGACGGGCCCUGUCAAAAGUCUUAAAGGUGUGAUUUUAGACAUGUGUGGUGUAUUGUAUGACAGUGGCGAUGGAGGAGGUGUACCGAUUUCUGGAUCCAUUGAAGCGGUGAAAAGACUGAAAGAGUCAGACCUGCAGUUGCGGUUCUGCACCAAUGAGACCCAAGCUACGCGUGAGAAGUUCGUUGCGAAACUGCAGCGGAUGGGCUUCGAGCUGUCCGUCAGCGAGGUGUUCUCUCCUGCUCCAGCAGCGGUGUCCAUCCUCAAAGAACGGAGUCUAAAACCUCACCUCCUGGUGCAUGAUGAUUUAGUGCCAGAGUUUGACAGUGUGGACAAGACGAAUCCCAACUGUGUGGUCAUAGGAGAUGCAGCAGACAAGUUCUCCUAUAAAAACCUGAAUGACGCAUUCCAGGUUCUUAUUGGGAUGGAGAAACCUGUGUUGUUCUCUCUGGGACGAGGACGAUACUACAAGGAGACAGAUGGUCUUAAGUUAGAUGUCGGAGUGUUUAUGAAGGCUCUGGAGUAUGCCUGUGAUGUUGAGGCUGAGGUGGUUGGCAAGCCAUCAGCUAUGUUCUUCCAGAGUGUUCUCAAUGACAUGGCGCUUCAACCACAUGAGGUCCUGAUGAUAGGUGAUGAUUUGGUGAAUGAUGUUGGUGGUGCGCAACAAUGUGGGAUGAAAGGCCUCCAAGUCAGAACAGGAAAAUACAGACCCAGUGAUGAAAGACACCCGACAGUCACCGCUGAUGGCUAUGUGGACAACCUGGCCGCUGCUGUGGACAUCAUGCUGAGUCAUAGGGGUCAGUGAAGACUCCAGCAGGAUAUAGAGCGCUGUGGUGCCUCUGCCAAACACAAGAAUUUAGUUGCAAAGAAGUUCUUGGUACUGUAUUUGAUGUAGAUAUAAUUAGCAUAUAGCAUAUGGAUCAGAUAAUUGAUCUCUGAUCCAUCAUCAACCAUUGAUGGAGAAAUCUCACUGUGAAUCGUCCCAAUGUCACAUAAUGAAUGAACUUCGAGCAUUUUUUUUCAAGGCAUAGUUUUGGAGUUAUGUUAUUGUCCUUUUUAUUGUAAUUGUUGGUGUUGAUUGAGCACAUCAGUGCACCAGCCAUAUCCUAGUGCAUGUAUACAGUACUGUUAUCAACAUGUGUUUGUGACCUCUGAGAACAAUAGUGGUAAUAUUUUGUGCCAUAAUGAUGACAUAAUUGUUCACUGACAAUGCAGACAUUACAAUUUGAUGUUGCACAGAAUUGAAUAACAGAAAGCAGUCGUUACUCUGAGCUGUCCUUGUGUGUUUAUGAUCCCCUAGUAUGAAUAGGAAGGCCUGGUUUGUGUAGAACAGAUCAGACGGGUGAAAACCCAGUAGACAGGGGACAUAGAAGCUGCUAAAUGUACUGUGAGAGAGUUUAGUUUAACUUAAUGUGAUUUACACUCAUUUGUCAUUGGAUGUUUAUAUGCACAAUAAUUAAAGACAUUACUGUGAAACA